CUGUAGGGGAAGUUUGGGAGUGUGGAAGGAAAUUAGCUCGGCUGGGGUAGGAGGUUGGAGCCCAGUGUGUGAAAUAAAAAGCCAGACAUGGGACCUGAGCAAAGCCUGGGAGCUAUGCUGCUACUGCUGCAGCUACAGUCAUCCCUGCUUUUAUCCCUGUCCUGGGGAGCCACUCCAGUGUUGGCAUCAUUAUUGGAGAAUAGCCUACAGAACUACACGUUCUCUCACACACUGUUCUGCCAGGAUGAGGAUCCUGUCCUGAGUCUGUCAGAGGCCUUCAAUGAAGACCAGCUCUUCUCCUUUGACUUCUCCAGGAACUCCCGGGUGCCCCGGCUGCCUGAGUUUGCUCCUUGGGCCAGUGACAAGGGAGAUAUCGAGGCCAUAAAAGCUGACCAGCGGCUCUGCCAGGAACUGCAAAAAGAAUUGAGUAAACUAUUGGAAGGCCACAUCCCUGAGGCUAGAGGAAACCCUGUGGCUGAAGUUUUCACUCUGGAGCCCCUGGAGUAUGGGAAGCCCAACACUCUCAUCUGCUUUGUUAGUAAUAUCUUCCCACCUCAAGUAACUGUGAGCUGGCAGUACCAACAAGUCCCUGUGCAAAGCAGCAGCCCUACUUUUCUCUCAGCUAUAGAUGGACUUGCCUUCCAGGCCUUCUCUUAUCUGAACUUCACACCCACAUCCUCUGAUGUCUUCUCUUGCACUGUGACCUGGGAAGGUGACCUCUUCAGCACUAUAGCCUUCUGGGUGCCUCAGAAUCCUAUACCCUCUGAAUUGUUGGAAAAUAUAUUGUGUGGCAUUGCCCUUGGCUUGGGAAUUGUUGGCAUCAUAGUGGGUACUGCGCUCAUCAUCUACUUCCAAAAACCAUGUGCAAGUGGUGCAGACUGAAUUGUUGGUACCUCAGCCUGGCUUUUUUCACUUCUGUUGCAACCACUACUACAAAAGGCAUUUUUUCCAGGGAUUUCCUUCUGAGAAGAGAUGAGGUCCCCCCGGAGCUGGGAAUCCACAGGGCAGAGGCCCUUCCACUGGGGAUCUCAGAGGGUCCUUUCCUGUAUUAUACUUUCUCCCCUAUUUGUGACAAUAAAGGUUAUUUCUUAA